UAGCUUUUGCUGGCCACUCCUCAGGAUGCCAAGGAGGCAGGUGAGGUCACAAUCACCACUCACAGGUCCCACGUGUUUUCCCUUCAGGGCCACACGUGUUGUUGGCCCUGUGGCCACCACAGCCCAGCCCUCUGGCAGCUGGAAGUCAUGGACACCAGGACGCUUUGAAACCCACCUCCCAGGAGAACGUGUUAGGGUCCAAAGCAUCAUUUUAGGGUGUAAACUCCUCAAAGCCUCAAGUUCUUCAUGUCCAAAGCCUCAUUUUGAAGUUGUUACAGAUGAUGAAGACAGCUGGGGCCUGUCAGAUGUAUUUUGCGAUCCUCAGGUCGUGAACCAUGUUUUGCCUGGAUCCAGAAAGACUGACUGUGCUGCCAUCCUGGACAGCACGGAGGAUGCAGCCAGUUCCUUUUUUGAAGGUGCUGGGCUCUGGGAAUCCUCGGGCAGCCUCCUGACCGCAGAGCUGAGCCAGCCCACGGCCAGCACAGGCCUGACAGUGCCACAGGAUGCCAGCCUGGCAUGGCAGUGGGACAGCGGGGCCGCCGUGGUGGGGCCACCCUGCGACCUGCUCCAGCAGUGCCUGUGGGCAGCGGGCAUCACGGAGCAGCUGCUGGAGGCGGAGGCCAAGCAGGACGUGGGCAGCUUCCAGCCCCAGGUGGCUUUCAGCAGCACCCUGCAGCUCUGCUCCGCUGGCACCGAUGUCCAGGGGCUGCAGCCCCGCGCCGGCCGCCCCCGCCAGAAAGGAAACAUCCAGCCCUUCCCGCAGCACCUCGGGCCCUUCUCCAGCCUCCAGGGCCCCGGUGGGACGCUGGGCGUGGGGCCCUGCCAGGCGUGGGGACAGCAGGUGACAGCCCAGCCAGUGCAGCAGGUCAUGUACCUCCAGCAGGUGCCACAGGGGAUCAUCUCACAGGGAAAGCAGCCAUUCCCUGGCCCGCCCUCCUGUGUCUUGGGGAGCAGCCAGGGGCAGCUGGUGCCGAUGCUGGUGCCGCUGGUGCCCCUGGCCCAUGUGCCCACCGCCCUCCCACGCUCUGCUGCCAGGUCAUCCCACCACCAGCAGCACCCUGGAGCAGCAGCCCCCUGGCACAGCAGUGCCCCAGCACCCAAGGCUGGGGGAGUUGAGCCGUGGCACAGAGAAAGCUGCCAGAGCCAGGAGCCAAAACGGGAGACUGAGCUCUUUUGUCUCUUAUUUUAAAUAAAACUCAUUUUUUUCCCAUGA